GGCGCGACAGGUUAGGAUACCUCAUUACAGGCAAUGAGACGGGAUAAGCUGUCCUCUCUAAAUCGCUGCGUCUGAAAGGCAUUAUCUACGUAAACAAACUCGCAAAAUUUCGGAUAUAGUGUGUCAGGCGGUUGAGGUUUUCCCGCAUGAAGAAAGCAGCUGCGUAUGAAAGAGAGGAGCCGCUGCCUUUUCCAGUUUCGCAUUGCCACACAGGUGAAGUGAACAUUCUGGUCGUUUCUCCCUAGUUCCAAUAUCAUGAGGUGCGGCAUUUUUUUCAUUGUGGUGAUGUUGGCCGGCACCGUAAGCCUGACCAUCUUAAUCCACAAGAAAAAAAUCCAAGAGGUCUCGCUGGCAAAGGAAGCCAACUUCGAAGAGAUCAAAAACAAAGUGACCAAAGAUGUAUUGACUGAGGUCGUGGAUAACUUGUCCAAAGACAAAAGUAACCUGGAGUCGAAGAAAAAAAUGAUUGAAGAGGUGAAAACGGCCAUUCAGAACAAACAAAACCAAGCUGCGGCCGCGAGGCACGACGCCGAAGAGUGUCAAGGGGAGACGAAAAGAACAGCUGAUGAACUUGCCAACCUAGAGGCUGAUCAGAACACUCUGAACAAUGAAAAAGAGGCCUGGACCAGAGAAAUAGAGUCUUUACAAAAAGACCUUGCCCAGAAGAGCAAAGUGUGCGACUACAUCUUGAAGGACUCUGAAGAGGCAAAGAAACUCUGUGGGGAGGCAGCUGAACCUAAGAAGGAAGAGCCGAAGAAAGAGGAGGAAAAGAAAGUGGAGGAGAAGAAAGAAGAGCCUAAGAAAGAGGAGGGCCAGGCGGAAGAGCCCCCCAAGCUCCCUGAAGAGCCCCCCAAGCCCCCCGCAGAGCCAGCCAAGGCCAGAUGAACCAUUAUGGGGGGAUGGGUGGUGGGGGGGGGCACUUACGGAUGUAGAGAGACAGGUGCUGAGCAGAGGGAGAUGGGGGAAUACAGGGAAUGUUACAGGACACAGGACUUACUUUCAUGGGACAUUCAGAUGUCACCUGUGGACAUUGUACAAAAUACAGGGUGUGGGACUUAACAUUCAGAUGUCAGUGACGAACAUGAACAUACAGACUGCAGCAGCGUGUGACUUAACAUUCAAGCGCACCAGUCACACACCAGCAAUGCACUGUACAUAAGCAUCACGUUCAUUUUAUGUGGAAAAGCUCGACAUUCGAAACUCGUUGCCUUAUGUAUUUAACAACUAUAUUGUUUUAUGUCAAGUUAGUUGCAUUAGAGCGGAGGUGGAGAAACUGGACUGACCGUGUACAGGUCCUGCUUAGGAGCUGUUUCCAGCAGGAUAUUUUUUAAAAUGUGGAUAUUUUUGUCUCCUGUUUACAUUGGUUUUGGCCUUCUGUUUCCACAUAAGCAGAUUUUUAAAACCCACAUAUCAAAAAGCAGGCUUUAAAAAUAUCUCAUUUAGGGGGGGGUAAAAUGCAUCUGUUACAAUGGAGUUUUUAUUUUUAUCCCCAUGUUGCAUUUCCACCUUAGCAGGAGAAAAAAUACCCACCUAUUGAAAUACCCUGCUACAUGGAAACAGCACCUUAAAGGUGGGUGGUAAUAAUUAGUAUCAGCUGGUUUAUUUAAUUGGCUGGAGCAAAAAUGUGGCAUGGUUUGUACUGUCUCUGAAGUCAGGUUGUCAACCUCUGUAUAUGAUGCAAACAUCACUUGAAAGAUAAUAUAAUAUUUGGAAUGACCUUGACUCAUUGAAGGCAUUGUGUUUUUAACCCAUUUUAGCCUGAUGCUGCGUAUACAUUGUUUGACCUUUGGUGCCUGGAGCGACUACACUGCAUUCAGGCUCUUGAGAUUUGAGAUUUUUUUUAUUGAAAAUGUGGGUAUGUUGGAGCUGAAUGAACACAUUCUAAUGCAAAAUGAGGGUCCUAGCUUUUAAAUUUAGCUAUUUCAUGUUUUUAUGUGCUUCGGAGACUGAGAUAUUUUGGGUUGAAUUGGCAGAGGGCACCUUUUCCCAAAAAAGGGCAGGCGUUUUUUUGCAGGUGCAGGUUAAAAUGGGUCAAUGAUUGUGAUUUAAUUACAGUGAACUGCAUUUAUGAUGUUGUCAAGCGAUGACUCAAUGUAGUGCAUGCUGAUGAGGACUAUGAGAAAUAUGUCUCCACUCAUUAGGACAUUAAAUGAAGUUAACAAAAUGAAAUAAGAUUAAAGGCUUGAUUGUUUGUUUGCGUG